UAUUGAACGGAAUAGUGUACAAAUACCUCGAAUGACGAGGUGCAUUAGUCGCCACACAAGCUGGUUUCGAUACGAAGUAACAAACCUUGCCAACGACUCUCAAUCAAGCAGGAAGACAAAGGAGCAAUCCACACCACCUCCACGAUGACUACAGACCAGCAGGUUGAUGUCCUGUUGUACGGACUCGGGGCGAUCGGGUCGUUCUAUGCGUUCAUUCUGAGCAGAGUCCCCCGCGUGAGGUUGACGGUCGUCGCGCGGUCAAACUACGACGCCGUCAAGAAGAACGGAAUCAUCAUCACCAGCGAAAAUCACGGCGACCAUACUGUCCGGCCAUUCAAAGUCGUGAAAACCGCGGCCGAGGCAGACGCCAAGUUCGAUUUCAUCGUCUGCGCCCACAAAGCCAUCACCCAGGAUGCCGUCCCGGCGCAGAUCGCCCCAGCGGUGGACGAGCACAGAUCGACAAUCGUCAUCAUCCAGAACGGCGUCGGCAACGAGGUGCCCUUCCGCACGGCGUUCCCCCACGCGACAAUCAUCUCCUGUGUGACCUGGACCGGAGCUGCCCAGCCGCAGCCGGGACAUAUUAAGCAUACAAAGUCCGAGGAUAUGCAGAUCGGCCUGUACCCCAACGAGGCAGACCCAUCGGCAGAGAGACAUCGCCUGGACAGCUUCGCCUCCUUGUUGACCGAGGGCAACACCGUCUUUCAGGUCGUGCCCGACAUCCAGAUCCAGCGGUGGGAAAAGGUGGUGUGGAACGCCGCCUGGAACUCCCUCACGACGCUGACGCUCCUCGACACCCACUCCUGGCUCGGCUCGUCCCCGGACGCGACGCCCAUGACCCGGCGCCUCAUGGGCGAGGUCGUCGACGUCGCCCGCGCCUGCGGCGUGGCCCUCGACCACGGCCUCGUCGACACGCUCAUUGACAAGAUCCUGGCGAUGCACCCUAUCGGCAGCAGCAUGCAGAACGACUUCAAGGCUGGGCGGCCGAUGGAGGUCGACAUCAUCCUCGGGUAUCCGUAUCGGCAGGCCAAAGAGCUGGGGAUUGCCACGCCGACGCUGGACACCAUCUAUGUCAUCUUGACUGGGACAAACUUGCGGCUGCUGAGGGAGUCCGGGAAGUAAUUACUAUUAGCGAGUCAGUCACUCCAGUCUUGUCGAGGAUGACAUGGCAAAAAGAAACAUGUCCCGAUACAGUAAACACACGUACACCACCACGAAUGUGAUACUGCCGCGGUGUGAAGCUCAUGAUCUCAGCCUCUACGUGGGGGGUAAUAUACACAACAUUUCCAGAGAUCACCC